AUGAAACUACGAGUCCCAGAAUGCAAAGCGAAGGGGACCGCGCUGGCCAAUCGGUAUCUAAACACCCGUACGCGGCGUUCGGCAUCCGGCGGCGGUGUAGCGCCGGCUGCGCCCUGGGAAAAACGCCGGGGCGGGUGUUGUUCGGCCCUUGCUGGCCCCGAGCGCUGGGCUAUGGCCGCUGCGGCGCUGCUGGCCGCGGUGUUGGGCGGGGGGCUGCUGCUGAUCGCCCGCCGCUACCUGACCGGGGCCGGCCGGGCUUCGCGGGGCGCGGCUGCCGCGCUGAUGCGGGGCAAGACGGUGAUCGUCACGGGCGCGAACAGCGGGCUGGGCCGGGCCACGGCGGCCGAGCUGCUGCGGAUGCAGGCCCGGGUGAUCAUGGGCUGCCGGGACCGCGGCCGGGCCGAGCAGGCGGCCCGCGAGAUCCGCGCCGAGCUGGGCGGCCAGGCGGAGGGCGGGGAGCUGGUGAUCAGGGAGCUGGACCUGGCCUCGCUGCGCUCCGUGCGCAGCUUCUGCCAGCGGGUGCUGCAGGAAGAGCCGAGACUGGAUGUUCUGAUCAAUAAUGCGGGGAUAUUCCAGUGUCCAUACAUGAAGACAGAGGAUGGUUUCGAGAUGCAGUUUGGUGUCAACCACUUGGGUCAUUUCUUGCUCACUAACCUCCUCCUUGGCCUCCUCAAAAGUUCUGCCCCAAGCAGGAUUGUGGUAGUUUCUUCCAGACUUUACAAAUAUGGAGAGAUCAACUUUGAAGACUUGAACAGUGAGAUAAGUUACAAUAAAAGUUUUGGCUACAGUCGCAGUAAACUGGCUAACAUACUAUUCACCAGGGAGCUAGCCCGCCGAUUGGAAGGCACAGAAGUCACUGUCAACGUGCUUCAUCCCGGUAUUGUCCGAACCAAUCUAGGCAGAUACAUAAAUAUUCCUUUGCUGGCAAAACCCCUCUUAAAUUUGGUGUCAUGGGCUUUCUUCAAAACCCCAUUGGAAGGAGCCCAGACUUCUAUUUAUUUGGCCUCCUCUGCAGAAGUAGAGGGUGUGUCAGGCAAGUAUUUUGGGGAUUGCAAAGAGGAGGAAUUGCUGCCUAAAGCCAUGGAUGAUUUAGUUGCAAGAAAACUUUGGGAUAUCAGUGAAGUGAUGGUUGGAUUAUUAAAAUAAAUGCUAGGAAAAAAGACUUACAGAAAGGAAUGAAGAUAACUAAUAUUUUGCUACCCUGAAGCUUUCUGCAAUGGUAUUUUCCCCCUUGAAUGGUGUGAAACACAAAUUACUUUGCUCAUAGAUUUCAAAGCUACUAGGAGUAAUUUGUACGGCUCUUUUAAAAUAGAGAAUAUUCUCUAUUUUAAAUAAAUCCGUAUUUUGAAAAAAUACAGAACUAGAGUCUAACAGCCUGGGUGUUUGAAUAUAUUUCAGCAUUAAAUCUCUUCUGAAAGCUACUUGUUCAGCAAAUAAAAAGUUAUUUGCUAUGUAAUGUAUAUGCUUCUUUGUUGUCUUCCACUAUUUGAUCUCAGACAUAGCACUGUAUUGCAUUGUACAUGAAAUGUGUGGCAGUUUGCUUUUUCUUGUAGAUGGUUUGUGAAUCCAUCCUAAUACCAAUAACAGUGUUGGGUUGGUGAGCAAUCCAAGCUAAAACCAUGUGAAAGAUUUUACCAGUGAGUUGUGAACACUCUUCUGCUAUGAUCAUCUAGGCCUCCAAAUACUGUUUCAUAGCACAAAAACUCUUUCCCACAACUGCAUAUCACUAGCUGCCUGAACAGGAACUAUAUCAAGCCAUAUUAUAACUCACCUGUGGGUCACAAGUCAGAUAUUUUCAAGAUGGCCUUCCAUAAAUUAGCAUCUGUCACUGCCAUUAAUCUAAUAUAUAUGUUUGAUUGUACAGCAGGUUCUAUUUUAUUUGGGCCAAACCUGCUCUUCUAGCGAUAUGAACCAAGGCCGCUGUCCUGCACUAAGCCUUGGGCUGAUGGAUGCCCCACCAUUGACUUCAGUAGGUCUUUGUGACUGGAGGGUGUGUCAGAGCCCAAGAUCUGAUCCUGUGGUUUGUUUUGUGAAUUGUCUAUUUAUAGAUUUUUCUCAUACUGUCUUUCAUAGUGAAAUGUGCAUAAGGUUCAGUCUAAUAUGGCCCACAGUUCUUCCUGAUAAGUCAUCGUCUGUGUAAGUGCAUAUUUCCUUAACCUCACUAAUGCGUACACGGUACAAAUAUGAUCAAGAAACUAUUACACAAACUUGACAAAAGUAGCCUUGGCAACUAUCCUACAUAGGCUUAGAGAGUCUCUACUAUGCAGAGAGAAUGGAAUUAAAAUAGGCCAAAAAUAAAUACAGGGAUAUUACAUAAAGAUGCCUCCCUUAUUGUUUUAAAAUAAAUAUAUAACUUCA